CAGUAAUAAUUAACUGAUUCUGAUCUAAGCAGGAUUUUUGUCUCUGCUCUGUUACAAGACAGAAUAUCCAGAGGAAAAGGAAGAAAUGUGGAUUCUUAGCUUCCUGCUGCUGACUUGGUUUCCAGCUGUGCUGCAUGCACAGGGAGCUGCUGGCUCUUGUGCUCGGCCGGAGCUGACACACGGGUUUCUGGUUCCCGACCGGCAAAGUUAUCCUGAAAACAGUGUCACAUAUGCCUGCGAUGAUGGAUUUAAAUCCGCUAUGGAAAGCUGGUGGGGAACAACCACAUGUCAAAAUGGGAAGUGGUUUCCCGAACCUUUCUGUAUCGAUGAAAACUCCUGUGUUCCACCUAAAAUUUCUGGUGGGAAAUGUUUGACCACAAGUGGCUGGUUUGAAGAAAAUGAUAAACUUACAGUUGACUGUGACCCAGGAUAUCGACUUACAAAAGCUUUUCCCCAGCCUACAUGCAUUAAAGGAUCUUGGACCUCUAUCCCCACCUGUGAGAAAAAGAAGGGUGCAUGUGACCGGCCUCCUAAAAUUUCUAACGCAACAAUCCUUCACGAGGCAUCCCAGGAGGUGUUUGCUGAAGGUUCUAAGCUUCAGUAUGAAUGCAAAACAGGACACAACACAGAAGACGGAAAAACACAAGAGUCCAUCACCUGCAGGGCUGGGUGGUGGAUGACGCCGCUCCCAUGCAGUAGAGUCAGUCCUGCCUGUGUGAUGAGACAAGGUCAAUAUACGGAUUUCAAACUAACAAAAGAUGAACUUCUUAUGGAAGGAGAGAUCAGAUCAUUUAACUGUGGUUAUCCUGGCUAUGAAAAGAGAGCUCGCUGCAUCAAUUCAGAAAUAUUUCUAACCCAUUGUUGUCACACAAGCUAUGUUGGAAGUAGAGACUGCCAUUUCGUCAACAGAGCCUAACACCAGCCGUGGUUCUGGUUUAUGGACGGGGCAAAAAAGGAAUGUUACAGUCACACUAAAUGACUGCAUGACAUGUGUUUCAUUUUCUUGUUGUACCUUCAUUUGAGUUUCUUUAAAUUCUGUGACAAAUAAUCAGAACUUUAAUAAAAAUGAUUUCCUCUUUGA